GUGCCACACGUUUACAGCUUGUGAGUGGCGUUUUGUAGAUUUUCACUUUAAGAAAAAAAGUAAAAGUGAAAUGCAGCUCAGGGCUGUUUGUUUUUUUAGGAUGUCGUUUCUAUAGAUCUCUGGAGUUUCCUCUGUAGGCCCCAUUCUAAACUCAACAUUUUUUAACAUUAAAACGCAGAUUAAACUCGAUCAAAGCACCGACGUUAGAUGACAAAAUCGGACUCGGGCUUGACUUAAUUCACUUUCCUUGCUUGUUUUGUUUAAACGAGUUAACGCCUGAAAUGGGGAUGUUAUUUUUUUCUAUACAGUAUCUACUGUAUUGACCGAGUUGCGAAAUGUAGGUUUCUUCUUCUUUGAGAAGAAUUAUUGAAGCAUUAGUGAAUUUCUCACGAUUAUAAAUUGAGGUGUCAUACAAAUGUACUGUAUGUAAAGGGGUCCAGAAUACACUGUCAUUAGCAGAGCUGUAGAAAAGUGUCCCCUGUCCUAACUGGAGGGUCUCACCCUGACGUCUCACAAGCACCAGAGAUAUCGGCUUCAGCAGCAUGGCUGGGCAACUUGUCCCACACUCCCACCACCCUACGUGUAAAGUAGUGCUCUCCGUUUUAGAUGCACUUCCCUGUAGUUUCCACUUGUCCUCUAAGUUUGUGAGACAGAUAUCGCCCAGUUAUCCAACUUAAAAGAUUACUGAACUUAACAACUGGGUUAUGACUGGGAAUUGUCAGGGCACAUUUGUCACGACCAUUCAAGGUUGACCUCUGGAAUCUGGGGUCAACGGUGUAGCCACUGGGAAAAUCCGAGAUGUCUUUAUGAACUGGUUUGGGCCAUUGUUCUGGUCUGUUCGUGUUUUGGUUAUACAGUAAUAACAGAUUCACAGGGAAAUACGUCAGCACAGGAUUACCAAGGCAGCUGUAGCCUGUUUAAAAUGACACGGAUAGUGUUUAUAAAAUAUGGCACAACCCAGAUGGAAAUGAACACUUUUCUGUUCAUUAAGAUGCAGAGACCACUUAAAAAAGUAGUUAUGACCAUUUAAACAGAUUAUUAGCACAGAUAACAAAAGGAUUCUCACAUAUCAGACUAGAAUGCUUAUUUCAGAUCCUGUGGUAGCAUUUUCAUGACUCGUCAGUGAGACAGUGUUUACAUCCAGCCCAGGGCGUCUGACUCUCUCCCAUAAUCCUCUCUUCUCAACCAGCCCAGGGCAAAGCUCAAAGUUUCAAACCCUCAGAGGGUUGCCCUCAGUCCAGCUCCUCAUGACACCCCACGUCUCCCAGGUCACCCCCUGACUCUCAGCAUCCAGGGAUAAUGUCUGACCAAUCGGAGCGUGUGUUUCAUGGAUGAUGAUGCAAGACCAGUCAGACUCUCUUUCUCUCAGACAUGGAAUCUCACUAAUCAGAAAUGCUGUUUGUGCUUCUGCUGUUUCUUCACCAGGCCUGUCUCUCAUUAUCAGAGCCCUUUCAGGUCGUGGCUCCAGCUGCCCCUGUUGUCGCCGCCGCGGGCAAAGACACGGUCCUGCCCUGUUCCCUCGCGCCAGGCAUCAACGCCACGGACCUGGAGGUCAGGUGGUUUCGAGAGGAUCGAAAGGCCAUGGUCUGCUUGUACCAGUACCGCAGGUACAACGUGAACAUCCAGGACCCCUACUACGGGGGAAGAGCCGAGCUGUUCCUGGAGGAGCUCGGCCGGGGCAACGUGUCCCUGAGACUGCGGGAUGUGAGGCGCUCCGAUCACGGACACUACAAGUGCAUGGUGCUGUCGCCGCACUACCACAGCGACGCGGACGUCCAGCUGGCUUUUACCACCCUGGGCUCCCAGCCCUCAGUGUCUCUCCACUCCCCUGGAAGAGGUCAGACCCAUCUGCUGUGCAGGUCAGAGGGCUGGUUCCCUGCACCUGCAGUGAUCUGGACAGACAGGGAUGGACAUGAUGUGACCUCACUGUCCAGCAGCACAGUGGAGAGGGACAGUCAGGGGCUCCUCAGUGUCAGCAGCUACAUCCCAGUCCAGCAGGAGUCCAACAUCUUCUCCUGUCUGGUCAGAAGUGCUCUUCCUGAACCAGACUGGGAAUCUCAGCUCCACAUACCCAGAGACUUUUUCCCUCGACCCUCUGGAUGGAUGGUGGCUUUCUGUGUAACAGCAGCUGUGAUUGUAGCAGCAUCAGCACUUCUGGUGAUCCAGUGGAAAAGAAUGGACAGGGAAGAGAGACAAUAUGAGUGGCAGUGGCUGUGCAGUGCCGCAGUUAACGUGACCCUUGAUCCUGAUACAGCUCACCCUGAGCUCACCCUGUCCGAGGAUGGGAAGAGGGUGAGACUAGGAGAGCCGAGGGAUGUCCCGGACAGUCAGGAGAGAUUCGACUGCCGGCUCUGUGUCCGGGGCAGCGAGGGGUUCACCUCUGGGAGACGCUACUGGGAGGUAGAGGUGAACGGUGACUGGAGAAUAGGUGUGACCAAAGAGUCGGCCAGUGUUAGAAGCUGGGUCCAGUUUGUUCCUGGAGAUGGGUACUGGUGCCUGGAGUCUUUCUCCUCUCAGCAGAGCGUGCGAUCCAAGUCAGUGGGGGUGUGUGUGGAUAUUGAGGAGAGGAAGGUCUCCUUUUACACAGUGGAGUCCAGGACUCACAUCUUCACGUUCACCGACAUGGAGUUCGGUCAGGGAGAGAAUAUCUAUCCUGUCUUCGGUACCUGGGAUCGAUCGAAAGACCUUGUGCUGCUGCCUCCUGUCCGCUGUGGAAAUGAGAGACGUCAUUGACUCAUGAACACAGGCUGACUUGCUCACAGCUUACUUGGAAAAGAUCAAUAGAGUCACAGCAUGUUCGACAAACGUGAGACUCUGUCCAGGCAGUAUUGGAAUGUUAUAUAUUUUUGGGGGGGGUUCUGUAUCUGCACUGAUGUUUUGUCUUAAAUGCUCACUUGGACUGUGAAAAAUUUGAACAAUGAUGGUAUUAUAUAGUGUUAAUAUGAUGGCAGUUAUAUUGAUGACUGGCUGCUCUUUUUUAUGGAAAGUAAUAGUAGUGGGGGUGUUGACACUAGAAACUGGUUUGUUGUUUAUUACUUUUUUUUCUCUCUCAUUUUCUCCUCACAGAGAUGAGGAAAAUGGUGGGGGUUGAAAUGGAAAUCUAAUAAGUAAAUUGAUUCUUAAAAUGUAGAGAGCUUUAGGAAAAUAUAUAACAAGGAUGUAACUGCUGUGCUACGUGCAGAUUUUUAGAAGAUAGUGCGUCAACAAAGUAUGCACUGUCUAGGUUACUUUUAGAAGACAGUGUAUCAAAACAGUAUGUACUGUCUGGGUCAUUAGAUUAGCCGAAGGUUACUGAUAAGCUUUGCAAAAAAUAUACUGGUGCUUCUUUUUUUUGUUUUUAUGAUGUAAUCUGUUUUUGUCCUGAGGAAAGUGCC